GCAAGAGGCAAUACAGAUUCUCUUCUUUCUCCUCCGAAAGUCCUCUCUACCUUAAACAAACAUACGAGAAUCUUACCAAUCAAAAUUUCCAAUCUUUCUCAACCGUCGGAUCAUGUACAACCGCCUGUUAAUACUUGUUGGGUCCCAUUGAAAGGACCCCAUGAAUACGAUUCCAAAGAGCAAGACAAGGAGCUGCCUGCUGCUUCCUUCUCCAACUCUCUUUUUUCAUCUCCUGCACUUUCUAUUCAAACCCUCCCUCCCCACUUUGUUUUCGCUUUGAGUUCACCCAAAGCGGUUCAGAUUCCAAAUGGGUGACCUUUUGUUUUUAGCUACUGACUGCUCUUCCUGAAUCUAUCUUUCGAAAACCAGCCAUUUCUGGAUAAAUCCUGAUCUGGGUUCUCUGUGAUUCUUCAUUUUCCAUUAGUUUUCACCAUUCUUUUGAUUUUUUAAGUUGUGGUUUUUCAUUUAUUUAGCAUUUUAGUGGGGGGUUUUCAGUUUUUUAAAGUGAUUGGGGAUUCUGUGAGAAGUUGGGAAUUUGCAGAUGAUGGGUUCGGUUAUGAACUUGAUUACUACUGUGAUAGGUUUUGGUAUGAGUGCAACAUUUAUUGUGUUUGUUUGCACAAGAAUCAUCUUUGGGAGGCUGCGAGGUAGAGAAUCGAGGCCUAUGUUCGAGAUUGAAUCAAGGGUUGAUCUUGAGCAGCCAGAGCAUCAGGUUAGUGGCCUUGAACAAAUUGUGGUUUCUGCAAUCCCUACGAUGAAGUACGAUCAAGAGGCUUUCAGUUCCUUAGAAGAUGCACAGUGCUCAAUCUGUUUGGGGGAGUACCAAGAGAAAGAAGUACUGCGAAUCAUGCCCAAAUGUGGCCACAGUUUUCAUCUGUCUUGCAUCGAUACAUGGCUGAGGAAACAGUCUACUUGCCCAGUUUGCCGUUUACCAUUAAAAGAAUCCCUUGGAACAAAACAUGUGAGGUCAGCAACGUUUAGCGUGGCUCGAUCUUUUGAUGAGUCUGAGAUUUCAACCGAACAUUCUCAGCAGUGGCUAUUGCCUGGCGCCACUGAGCAUUCGGUAGGCAACAUUAGCAACCAAGGGCAUUUAGAUUCUGCUCCAGGAAACCCUUCCGAACCGACCCCAUCUAGAGAACCAGAAACAAGGCAAUGAUAAAAUCAAAGAGAUUGGUCCAAGGAACCAGACAUGCAUUUGCUUCCAGCAAGCCUGCAAUAGGUGACUUCCCUUUUCUUUUUCCUUCCCCUUCAGCGGGGAGUUGUUUCACAUGGUAGGCCGGGUAGGUUUGAUCGGAGAAUUCUUAUACCUUGCAUAGAAUGCUACCAUCUGUUGUUGAUGGUACAAACGGAAAUUGUGUGACAGAACUCUGAAUUUUUUAGUAGAAAGUUUGAAGCUUACAAAUAUAAUUUGAUUGUUGUAUGUAAGUUAUAUUCACUAUCACUGCAUCUUUUCAACUUUGAUGAGUUGUAUUUGCUUCAGCAUACCAAGUUUCUGAAUU